ACACCCCUAUACUUUUAUUUAAUUAGUGAACUACCACCGUCCGAUUUCCUAUAUAAACCUGGCAUCACUUUUCAUUAGGUUUGCCGAAUUAGAUAGCAAAUCGGCCCUUCUAAACUCACUUUCCCCAUCUUUUCUACUUUUUCCAGAAUUAAAAAAACAACUAUUUGCACACCAAAGUACAACCAAUGGAAGCGUCUUCGAGAAACAGAUCCUCGCAUGGUACAACCUUCCACAGCCACUUCCCGCGCUCGCUCUCGCCGUCCGGCCGAUUCUGCGCCUCCUCCAUCUCAUCGUCCGCCGCGACAUUCUCCGCCCGCUCUGAUCCCCGGCUACGAUCCGACUCGCUCCUUGGCCGAUCCACCAGCCCUACCCGCGUCAGCCUCGGCAGAUCCGUUUCGCCGUCGUCAUCUGUCCGAUUCUCCGCAUCUCAGAGGCGUCCGAUCGCUUCUCAUCACCAGAAGCAUAGCCAACGCUCGCUGCCGAAGAAGACGUGUAUGUGCUCCCCUACGACGCACCCUGGCUCCUUCCGGUGCAGCCUGCACAAAAACAGCAUUGUCACCGGCUACGGCGGGAGCCAGGCGUCGCCGUCCUCGUCGUAUCGGUCCAGCCACCAAUUGAAUAUGCGUCGCUCAGCGAUGACGAAUUCGCUUGUGCGAAUUGGCACGGUGGAGGGGGAUUUGGUGAGGAGAGCAUUGGCUGCGCUGAUUCGUCCGUCGUCGCACAGCUUGCGCCGCCGGCACGACUUCCAGCCUCGGCCCAGCCGGCUCUCCGUCAUGUCGAAAGCCGAUGGCUUAUAAUAGGGGAAAAUUUAUAUCUGGCGGUUUUUUUUGUACAGGAUAACAGGACAGACUGGGUGAGUGACGCGCUGAGUGAACUCAGUCGGAUUAGCCGUGCUUUCGUGGCUGUGGAAAUUUUGAAUUUAAAAAGAACUCGGAGCGGUUUUCGAUUUUUUUUAAAAUUUUUUAAAUUUUAUUGAAGUAGCAAUCAUGUAGUUGGAGACUUGGAGCUGCAGCGAUUUUUGGAAAACUUAUAAUAGAGAAAUAUAUUGAAAUUUAAGUUAAAUUUUCAUGUUCCGCUUAAAAAGGAUUAUUUUAUAUACGGUAAAGGGGUUUUGUGAAUUUAUGGUUUUUAUUUUUAGUAAAUUAUGAACUUUUGAUUUUUCUUCUGUAGUCAAGUUAGCAGUAAUAUAUUGUCUAGGCUGAAGAGGUUGAGGAAUGAAUUGAGAUUUGAGAAGUGACAGAAA